GGCGGGCGCACAGGUCCCGGGCGUGUGUUGAUAGCGCGGCUCGGUGCAUGCGGGGCUUUCCCGGGGGCCGGCGCGGCGCGUGGGCGGGAGCCCGGCUCUCUGCUCCCCUCCCUGCACCCCACGCGGAAGAAGCCUUGGAGAGAGAGGAGGCGGCGGGGCUCAGGGCUUGAAGGAACAUGAGGUUUUCUGGGCUUUCAAGAGGAAGAGCUGGUGGACUGCAUAGACAUUGACAACAAUUUGUGUGACGAGAGUGGGACCUGCGACAGGAAAGUCAUCACUUUGGAUAUAUACGUUAAAUCUUAGCCAAUUGCUAGAGGGCAGAAAAUUACCAGACAUGUCCAUAGCCCUCAAGCAAGUUUUUAAUAAGGACAAGACGUUCCGUCCCAAACGCAAAUUUGAACCUGGGACCCAGAGGUUUGAGCUCCAUAAACGAGCACAGGCCUCCCUGAACUCGGGAGUGGACCUGAAAGCAGCCGUGCAGCUGCCCAAUGGAGAAGACCUAAAUGACUGGGUGGCAGUUCACGUGGUUGACUUUUUCAACAGGAUCAACCUGAUCUAUGGAACUAUCUGUGAGUUCUGCACAGAGAGGACCUGCCCGAUGAUGUCUGGGGGCCCUAAGUAUGAGUACCGGUGGCAGGAUGACUUGAAGUACAAGAAGCCCACUGCAUUGCCAGCACCCCAGUAUAUGAACCUUCUCAUGGACUGGAUCGAGGUGCAGAUCAACAAUGAGGACAUAUUCCCUACUAGUGUGGGUGUUCCCUUUCCAAAGAACUUCCUUCAGAUCUGCAAGAAGAUCCUGUGCAGGCUGUUCCGGGUAUUCGUCCACGUCUACAUUCAUCACUUCGACCGCAUCAUCAUCAUGGGAGCUGAGGCCCACGUCAAUACCUGUUACAAGCACUUUUAUUACUUUGUAACAGAGCUCAACGUCAUAGACCGCAAGGAGCUAGAGCCUUUGAAAGAGAUGACAACCAGGAUGUGUCACUAAAGAGCCACCUGUCGCACAGAAGAGAAAUCCAAUUUCAUCCUUAUUGCAAAGCUAGAGAUCAUGAGAGACCUCCUGGGCUGAACCUGCCUGUUAAUUCCCAGGGGUGGGAAAGUCAAGGACAGAAGGUUACUUUCACAGAUGCUUCUCAACAUUACGUGUGCUCUUAACCCUGAAAAUGCUGCUAGGAGCCUCCUCUGAAUGAUGUGGAUUACCAAGUGAGAAAGAAUUGUCUUGGAAUCUUUUUCUGGUUCCUGAAUUAUUGAGGAGGAAUUCUUCAGUCACAGUGACGUUCCAUGUUCCUGCUGUGCAAGCUUUACUGGAACUCAGGUUUUUAGGCUGGCCUGUAUAUUUGUAAUUUUGAAAUGAACCUGUGUUGUUAGUUGAAAAGAUUUUGUAUACUUUGAUUUUGUGUACUUUGUUUUCCAAGUUCAGCACAAUAUUAAGAAUUCUGGAACUUCAGCAAAAUUUUCAGGUGGAGCCUUCCGUGUCUGCAUAGGACUUUAGACGCCAGCAAAGGUUUGUGGGUAAAUAUUCCAAAAUGCCACUGAGCCUCAACGUCCAUAGGAACACAGCUGCUUUCCCCAGCAGAUCUGGCAGUGUGUACUUUGCUUGUUUUCUUGGUUCAGCUCUCAGUUAGGUGACGAUGGGCCAGAUUCUGAUCUCGGCUCCAUCUGUGUAAACCCAGAGUAACAUCAGUGAGUUCAGUGGAGUCGCCCUGGAGUUACACCAGUGUGACUGACAGCACAGUCUGGCCCAGUAUCUGUACAAAGAAGGGUGGUGGUAAGUAGAGUUGAACGAAAUGCCCUAUGUACCGGUGACCACAGGGGUUUGGUGCAUGCAUGUAAUUUUAGCUCUGUCCUGUUUCUUUUUCUCCCCCACCUCAUUCUUUUCAAGGUGAGGAUAUUCCGUUUGUGGGGGAAAAGGGGUUAUAAAUUAACGAAGACUAUUUGGGAGAAGGUGAGGUCAAAACCAUAAUGCAUGACUGCAUUGCAUGUAAAUACUGUCUAAUAAGACAGGCUGUCUUCCACACUACAAACAUAUAGUAUAACAGUUCCCAGUAUACAGUCUAAUUUAAAUCAGUGACCUCAACAUCUGGCCUAAGGUAUUCAUCGUAAACUCAUUAACUUAUGUACAGUGUGCCUGGUGCCAUGGUGAUGGGCCCAUUAGAAAUAUUUGUAAUCGUAUUUACUGAGAGAAGGUCUCUAGAGACACAUUUUAACAAGUGGAAAAUAGACAGAAUAGUCCCAUAUAUUCUGUGCCUUCUAAGGAAUUUGGCAUGGACCUUUUGUUCAAUAAUAAAGAUGUUCUUUCAGAUCAUGUGCCGAUUCCUGCUGCCCCUAAGCAUUUAUUCCCACCAAGUGAUUUUAACAGUCUCUGCUUCUUCUGAGGUAGUAUUGGAAGCAAACUUCAUAGAGUAUCCAGUGAUGGAGUACUAGUGAUGAUAUAUGAUAGACUGAAAUAUAGCAGACACUAAAGAAUAACAACAAAUAUCUGAGCUCAUAUUGUUGCACAUAAUGAUAAUGUCUUAUUCCCCUGCUUGAUUUAAUAGGCUCUGCAGCAGAGGUGCAGAAGUCAAUGAUCACAUAUAUGCAGGGACAAAGGGUUUGAGCUAUGAAAAUUCAUUGUUGCUAAGUUGGAAGUUUUUCCAUAUCUUUAGAAUUACGCAAAUAGUGUUAACCCUUGCCUUCAAGGAAUGUUCAACUUUCAGUUUGUUACAUUGAACUAAAGUACUCCUUCCUCUUUCAUUGCUCUUUUGCAAUCAAGCUACUUCUUGAAUGCACUACAGGGACUAUGCUACACAUGAUCUUCGUAACAUUCAUUUGGCUGGUGCUUACCCACUGCGUAAUUGUGGAACUCAUUGCCACAAGAUAUCACUGAGGCCAAGAGCUUAGUAGGAGUGUUUAAAAAAAAUAGUUAUAUGGUUAGAGAGAAUAUUAAUAAUAAUCCAUCACAUGAUUUCUUGUACCUUCCUUGGAAGCAUCUAAUUCUAGCCACCAUCACAGACAGAACUGCUGGUCUGGUGUGGCAUAUCCUGUAUUGUUAAUUUCUAGCAUUUCAAAGGGUUAAGACAAAUGGCGGUUCACUACCAAUAUUUCCACAGCUUUGCCCUAUGCAAUGAAAGUUUAUAUAAAGAAGAUGUGAAUCCGUGGAAUCUUUAAGCAGAAAAUCAAACCGUGACUAGAUAAAAUUGAGAAGCCUAAUAUUUUAUCUACAAAGUCAUUUUUAUUUUACCUUUCACUAAAGCCACUUACUAUAUACUGUCUGGGUCUAAUUAACAUAGUUCUAUUCUAAAAUGUGCAGGAAUUUGUUCCCUGUUGUUUUGAAUAACUUUUUUGUGAUGGUGAUAAUUUCACCAAAUUUGAAAAACUGUUUUUUUAAUGUUUUUUUUUUUUUGUUUGUUUUUAAAUUAGGUCCAGUUCAGUUUAAUAACUAUUGUGCUCUCCCUAAUGGCUGUUAUAGAUUCUGCAGCAGAGAGAGACCCCAGAGAUAUCCUGGCUGUCUCAGCCAGAAUUCCUAUUGGGUGGCACUAGGAGAGUCCAUUGCAAAACAGGAGCGGCACCAGCCAUUGAAAGGUGUAGUGUGUGCUUGCUGCCUACACAGGCCCAUGUAGAAAAGGGAUGCAGACAUAGACCCACACUUGGCCCAUUCUGUUUGGGCACAGUCCUGCUGCUGCUAAUAUUAGUCUUAUCCUUGUGCUGAGGGAACACCAGGACUGGAUUGUGCCUGACCCCUGUACAGGAGGAAAGGAACGGCUCUUUGAGUUCCCUCCUCUUUGUUCUCAUGCGCAAGGCUAAGCACAUUUUGGCCCAAAGCGCAAUUAUGAAAUGGGCAUCUCACAGCAGCCCAAGUAAGUUUGUUAUUACAAAAAAAUCCAUGCAAACCUUCAUCCCUAAAGUUAACAAUGCUAGGAAAUAAUGAAAUGUAUGUUAUUGCACGACCAUUUUGGAUGUACCUGUCAUUUCUGGGGUUUGACUUGGCAGAUUAUUUCCCAACAAGAGUCUGCUAUAUCUUUCUGCAGAUAGUAUAAGUGUUUAAUUCAGCACUGGCCUGGGUGCCUCAAACAAUGUGGCAUGGCUCAUUUUCCUCCCUCCCCAUCUCUGUGACUUUUAACAGCCCAACAAUAGCAAAGGGUAGAAUGUGGAGUAUCGUCAGACUUGCGAGUUUUAAAUUAAUCCCUGCAUUAGCGAGCAGAGUCAGGGUGCUGUAAACAUUAGUCCAGGAGAUUAUAAUUUCACCCUUGAUAAUCCACCUAGCGUCAGAGAUAAAUAUAAUCUUAUUUCAGUUGUUAAUCACAGGCCCUGUUUUACACAGACUCAUCGGCAUACUUAACAAGAGAGUAGCUAAAACUUCAGUGGAUGUACAUCUAACUAAUCCACUUAACCUAAGAAGGGAAGUCCACCCACUAGACUUCACUGAUAGGCAGAAUUCUUAACUGUCUUCUAGGCUCAACUUCAAAUAUGUAUGUUUCUGUUCUUUUGCCAUGAACUCCCUAAAUACUUCAACCAGGUUUUAGCCGUUGUGUCUUCUGUUUCUUGCCUUCUAAAAAAGGAUUAACCUUUAUUCCGGUGCUUACCUGCUCUUAAUGCUAAAGAUAACAGUUUCAGGGGAAUCCAACAAGAAAAACCUGCUUUUGUUGAUCAAGAGUAUUGCUAGCUUUAUGCCAGGAUUUGGGAUGCUGCUGUGUGACCAAAACACCCCAAAACACACAGUGAUGAGGAAUUUUGGGAAGGACUUUUCUUUUGGGUGUAAUACAUGCACUACUCUUUGACACAUCUAAUGACAAUGGGGCCAAAUGCUAACGUCCUCCCUUGGUUCUUACUCCGGGAAAAGUCCCAUUGACCUUCAGUGGGAGUUUUGCCUUAGUGACAGCUAAGAGCCAAAUCAUGUGCUCCGAUGGGAAGGCUAAGAAACUGCACGUGGGAAACUGAAUUUCCUUCCAAGUUAUCCCCCGGUAGGCAGCAAGCCUUGCACAAUGUGGGAUGUGCGGCUCCCCUGACCCGAGGAUACCUCAUGAUCUGUGGGGUAAGCCCACGGGGAUUUACAAAGAGCUAGUAUAUUCAUGCAACGGCCCGGUGCCCACAUAUUGUCAUGAUUAUCCUAUAUGGGGAAAUUGCUCUGGGUUUGGAGGAUGCUGCUGCCAUAGAUUUCUUCCCCAGCUCCACCGAGCUAUGCCUCCCCAAACCAAACAGCCUCCAUUCCUGCCCUUUGACAACAUUUAGCUCCAAGAGCUUGGUUUUUGUUCCUUUCGUUCGCUCUAUAAAGGAAAAGAAGGUGAGGGCUGUGAGUAAGAACUACAGAAUUGGAUCAAAUGCCUAUAAAAUAGGAAUAUGUCUGCUGCCAAGUGCAGUGCUUUAGGAAUGGGUUUAUGCUGCAGGUAUCACACAACACUAGCAAGCUGUCAGUAAUGGGGCAGUGCGUAUAUCAGAAGGAAGAAUGGGAUUUUCCUACUGGUUCCAAAGGCAAAAUAAACCAAGAGUGGCCUCUGAAUCACUAAUGAUAACCUUGUAGUUUUGUUAAUGUAAAUUUAGUGUGAUCCAAUUUAUCUUUGUGUUUCUUCAUGAGAGAGAGAGAGAGAGAGGUAGGCAAUGCUAUUUGGAAGGUAGCCAAACAAAGUUGGAGCUUUGAAAUGGGGAGAUUGUUUCUUUUCUGUGUAACAGAUUUUCCUGUUUUUAAAUGGAUAUAUUAUAAUAAAGUUUUAUAACAGAAUAUUCUCCCUGGGAAGAAAUGAAUUAGAUAUCUGAGCUUGUGUGCGUGCCUGUGUGCGCAUUUGUGGUUUUUCCCCACCAUUAAAUAGAUACAGAGGCUUUUUUGUUUCAUAAUUUUUAGGGGAAAUGCUUUUUUCUAACAAAUGAUUUGAAUAUACUGUUCCUUUUUUCCUUCCAUGCACCAGUGCUGUUCAACAUGUUAAUUUUUUUAGCAAUGUCCAAGAAAUUUUUAGACUAUUUUAGUUCUGUUUGUGAUUAAAUGAAGGGUUCAGCUGUAUGAAAAGCGAGACCGACACUAACUGUUGAAGUCAUAUAACAAAAAACAGGAUAAAAUGGAAGACUACUUGUCAAAUCAAUCCUAGUUUGUGAACCUGAGGAAUUCAAACAUCACAAAUAAAAGAUGCAUAACCCUG